GCUGCAUGUCAUGAUACAAAUGCUAGUAGUGGUGUUUUUAUGACUUUUGCUCUCUUUAAUACAAUAUGGUAUAGAUUUAUUUCGAGCUGAAUAAUUGUAAACUGCAUCAUGCCUUAUGAACGGAUCAAAAGAGAGUAUCCGCUUCAUUUGUGUGUUUGGUUUAAUGAUUAUAAAGAGCUUGACAGAUACUUACAAACAUCUGAGCAUGAUAUUGAGAAGAAAGAUCCUCGAGGCAGAACACCAUUGAUGCUAGCUGUAACACUGAAUCAUUUAGAAUCAGCUCGAGUUCUUUUGAGGCAUGGUGCAGAUGUAAUUGUUGAGAAUAAACAAGGAUAUACAGUUGUUCAUGAAGCAGUGAGUACUGAAAAUCCUCAGCUGCUUCAAGAAGUUCUAGAGAAAAGAGAUUUUCAACGGUAUAGUACACGAGCAAUAGGUAUUCCUGAUUUGCUGUCUAAGAUACAAGGUACUCCAGAUUUUUAUAUUGAAAUACGAUGGGAAUUUAUCAGUUGGGUUCCGCUUUUGUCACGAAUGUGCCCCAGUGAUACUUAUAAAGUAUACAAAUGUGGUUCUAGUGUUCGUAUUGACACCACACUUUUAGGUUUCUACCACUCGAAAUGGCAACGAGGAAAUAGAAGUUAUAUCUUUAAAGGCCAUGAUGAUGGUGCUCUUAUUAUGGAGGUAAACCAUGAUUCUAAGAAGGUUUACAUGGAACAAAUGAAAAUCCUUCCACAACAUAUGAUGAGUGUUAUGGUUGCACUUUCACCAUCUCCAGAACAAGUUGCAAUGCGGUUUGCUGCACCGAUAGUUACUACUUAUGUUGAUACUGAAAAGAUUAAAUUUGAAAGGCUGAAAAGUGGAAUACUAAGAAAGAAUUCCAAACCUGUUAUUGUUAAUGGCUAUGAAUGCAGGGUGUAUGUAGCUAGUAAUGUAGAACUGGUGACAAAAACUAGAACAGAACAUUUAUCAGAAAGUGAUAAAAGGAAAUAUAAAGCAAAUCGAUCAGCUUUCCAAUCUUUUUUAGGAAUCAUGGAAGUGGACGAGCGUAGUCAUAAUACAAUGUCUGUGUUUGGGGAAGUUAUUUCCCCUAAUCCUACAUUAAUAACACCAGAAGAAUAUUUUGAUCCGCUUAAUGAUCUUAAAGGCCGAGAUAUUGGUCGCCCUAGAGAAGUUACUACUAAAAUACAGCGAUUCAAAGGAACAAUAUGGCUAUGUGAAAAUUAUCCACUAUCUCUACAGGAGCAGCUAAUUCCAAUUAUAGACUUAAUGGCAAUUAGUAAUCGACAUUUUGCAAAGUUAAGAGAUUUUAUUAUGCAUCAACUACCUGCUGGUUUUCCUAUUAAAAUGGAGGUGCCACUUUUUCGAGUUUUGCAAGCUCGAGUUACUUUUGGAAAUAUAUUUGCCUUAGAUUCACCUGUAACACAUGUUGCACCAUAUAAGAUAGAUGGUUGCCUGGCAUGUGAGAUAGAUACGGCUUGUUUCAAUGUACCUGAUAAUUAUGUUAAAUUUGGCAAUACUCAAGCAAACAGAAAAGUAGAAAAGCCACCAUUGACAGCUGAAGCUAUAGCUGAGAGAAGAGAGGAAAGAAGACAAAAAAUAUUAAUGAAAUAUGGAUACACAUCACCUCCAGCACCACCUUUAACGACUGCAAUUUCUCCUAGUAGUAUGAGUUCCUCUACUACUUCUCAAGCUCAGGCAUCUACAAGUACAGAAGCUCCUACAGUAGCUGAUGCAGCAAGUUCUUCUGAAAGUGGUCGCACAUGGAGAUGUGUUGCUAGGAAAAUCAAGGCAGCCUUUACAAAGCAUUGAAGAUGGACAUAAAAAUAGAUUGGUCAUAAACUUUUAUCAUCGCAACUGCUGAGAAGAUUUUUAAAGCAGAUCUGAUUGACUUCAGCAGAUUUUUUGUCUCGAUCUUCCUUUACAAUAGGGUGUGGUGAAAGAAGUUUUUAACGCCUUUCUGUACCAUCCAUAUCAUGCGGGAAGGCCAGAAUCAUAAUCAUUUGCAAUAUAUUCAUUAUGUAUAGUCAUCUUUUAUAUAUACAUAUAUAUAUUUAUGUGUCAAGUGUAUAUUUGCAUACGUACAAGUAUAAAUUUUGUAGAAUAGGUUUCAAAUUUUAUAUAUGUUUAUCUCCUCUUCUUAAAAAAUAGAAAUUACUGUUAGUUCUCCAAUCUCAAUAUAUUACUUUUCUAUAAAUAAUUAUAAGCCUAGGGAUGUUUUUAUAUCAUUAGGUGCUUUUAGUUAUAAAAAAUUCUGUAAGCCUUAUAAGAUGCUCUUUUUAAGAUGGACAAAUGUAACAUUUUACUUCUUUGUAAUCGUCUUUUGAGCCAUUUGUAUUAGAUUAUUUUUAGCAUAAUUAUUUCUGUUAAGUUACAAGAAAUUUACAUCUAUUGAUGCUUGUAUAGCAUGCUGUCUGUUGCAAAAUCUAAUUGUAGUUUAUUGCUAAAUUUACAUUCCAAUAUAUAAUAUAUUUUUAUCAUAUUUGUAUAUUUCUUAUAUAUGGGUAACAGUAAUAAACAGUAUUUUUCAUAAUUUU